AAAAUCUAGCAGAAGUUGCAGAAGUAGCGUGUUGGUCCCGUCGGCGGCUGUAGCAGAUGUUAGCUGUACGAAAAGUUAUUUUUAUUAAGUUUUUUUAGUACGUAUGCUGUCCAGUGAUGCCGGGAAGAGCGUGUUGUGUGGUUGGCUGUUUUAACAACAGCACAAAACUACAGGCCUGGAAUAAAACUGUUUGUAAAAUUCACAAACCUUUGUUGCACAUUGACUGCCCAUGUUUACGGCCAUACGGAUUACACAGAGUUCCUGGUCGAGCGGAGGACCAAGAUGUGCGUCAAAAGUGGAUGAAACACAUAAACCGAGAUGGCUUCAAGCCAAACAAGAAUACUGUGGUGUGUGGGAUACAUUUUCCUGACAGACAACCUACAAGAGAAAAGCCCUAUCCUGUGUUGUUCAUGGGUUAUGAAUGUCAUGUAACACCAGCUAGACCUCCCCCCAAAAGAAGAUGUCUUCAGCCAUUACACCAGAACUCAACUACUGAACCUGAAGCUAUGGAAACAGAUGUGGAUGUCAGGAAUUUGGAGAAUAUGCCUCUGCAGACGUGUGAUGUCGGAACCCAGUGGCCAGAUCACAUAGAGCACAACUACAGUUUCAACUGUGGUAACAAGCCGAUGAAGGACUGUGGGACUCAAACAGAUCAAACACCGUCAGUAUCAGCACAUAAUUUAAAUAACAAAGACUUUAUAUUUUAUACAGGUUUAUGUGCUGACAGUUUCUGGCAACUUUUGCAAGUCUUGUCGACUUUUUUCUCACAGCGACUUAAUACCAAAUUGACCCUCCAUGAACAAUUUUUGCUUGUUUUAAUGAGACUCCGUUUGGGGCUAUUGUUUACUGACUUGGGUAAACGAUUUGGGGUGAGAAGAAGCACGGCAUUUGAAAUAUUUACAUUUUGGAGACCAAUCCUUGCAAGAUUCAUGAGGGAAAAGGUGAUUGCUUGGUUGCCCGGGGAUACACUGAACAGAAUCAGGCCCAAGACAUUUCACAAAAACUAUCCUAAAGCCACAUGCAUCAUUGACUGUACAGAGGUCUUUGUACAAAGGCCAAAGAACUUAAGAAAAAGAUCACAAACUUACAGCAAUUACAAACAUCAUAACACAUACAAACUGCUAUACUGUAUAGCCCCCAAUGGCUAUGUCAUGUUUGUAUCAAAGCUUUUUGGUGGAAGGGCCAGUGAUAAUUUAAUCACAAAGAACAGUGGUUUUGUUCAUCACCUGAUCCCUGGUGAUGAGAUUUUAGCAGAUCGCGGAUUCACUAUCAUGGAUAUAUUGUCUCCAGGAGUGAGUGUAGCUCUUCCUGCAUUCACACGUGGACGUAAGGAGCUGUCUGAACAUGAGGUGACAUCCACACGUCACCUAGCUAAUGUCAGAAUUUUCAUUGAGCGAGCAAUUCGAAGGCUGAAGGUUAUGUCUGGUAGGUUGCAAAGUGUUGAUGAGAUUGUAAGUAUUUGUGCAGGGUUAUGUAAUUUGCAACCUCAGUUAAUCCGUAACAGUACUGAAUGAAUAAGAAACACCUGAAAUGGGUGUGUGUGUCUGUGUGUGUGUGUGUGUGUGUGUCUGUCAAGUC